AUGUCAGGUACUCUGAGAGUCGUGCCGGGCCUCUCUCCAAGCUCCGUUGCAGUCAUCCGGGCACAUCGAAACAGUCAGGGCCAGGUAGUGAGGCUUUCCGCCAUUGAUCAGAUUGCGCCUAGAGACUACAUAUCGACAUGUUUCUUCUUCCGACACAGUCCCGAUGCAGACAAGGAGCAGAUCUUCCUUGCUCUACAUAGGGCUCUCUUAGUGACCGUGAACGAUAUUCCCGAGCUUACAUGCUGUGUGCAGAAGCGCGUCGAUAGCAGCCGUGAAGAGGUUGAGCUUGUCUUUGACUCUGCCAGGGGAGUUGAGAUUUACUACAAAGACUACAAUUCUGCCCAGCUGUGUGGUCUAUGGACUUACGGAAAUUUUGACCAGCUUGAAGAAGAGCAUUUCCCACAUAGCAAGAUACCCAGGAGCCUUGUUUUUGGGCCCUCAUCUGAGUUGAAAGACAAUGUAAAGCUUCCUUCUCUUAUCGUGCAAGCCAACUUCAUCCCUGGGGGUCUCAUCAUUGGCAGUCAGUUGCAUCAUGUUGCUGGAGAUGGCCAAUCAAACUUCCUGCUUUGGUCCACAAUAGGGUCGCAUUUUGCCGCCGCAACUUGUCAGCCACGAAGCCAACCAAGAUCACCGGUUCAGUUAUUGGACAGACACGACGUCGUCAAGGGCGACCUUAACACAACUCUAGAGGAAUUUCCCAACUGGAAAAUGGCAGAAGACAAGGACAAAUUUCUCAAUCCUACGGACUACAGUUCAGAUGAGGUGUUUGAGAGUGCCAUUUAUUUUAUCCCGGCCGAUAAGAUUGCACUACUCAAAACCCGUAUCCUGAGCACUAUGCCUUCUACUACCAAGGCUGGAACCGUCACUGCAUUAUGCGCGUUCCUAUGGCGUCACGUAGUUCUGGCCAGAGAUAUUGACUGCCGAAAGUAUCCCGACGCAAAGCUAGCUAUUACAGUGGAUGCGAGAACCCGUAUGGAAAGCCCAGUGAUACCGUCCACAUACUGGGGCAACUUUGCAGAGCCAAAUGCAGUGGCUCAGCUAUCUGUAGCUAGUCUGCAAGAAGGCUCGGUUCUGUCAUCAUUACCGUCACGGAACUGCAAGAGCACAAUCUACGGUCAAGCCGCACUCAAUGUACAGAGAGCGAUAGCUGCAGUGGAUGACAAGGCAGUAAGACGACUUGUCGGGCUUUUAAAUCAGAUGCCGAAGAGCACCACUUUGACCUGGAACGCCAACCGCUAUCCGGGUCCUGAUAUGCUCAUAGUGUGCAUUCAGCACCAUGGGUACAACGAUAUCAGCUUUGGGAAGCAUCUCGAUUAUCCUCUCGCCACAAGGGUUACUGUUGGAGAUACGGAAGAUAAGCCUGAUGGCCGUUGUCUAAUUCUACCACCACGGCGUGCCGAUUCUAGAGGUCUUGAAAUCUCGCUGCAGUAUGAUAAAAGAACCUUGCAAAAUCUCAAGGAUAAUGUUGAAUUUUCAGAGUAUUUCACGAGAAGGAAUUAG